GCUGUCUGGGUUAUGGGGAAAACAUCCCUGGGAUAACGAAGACAUAAAAAUGUGAAUCGCACCAGAAGUCUAUCCGCCUUGAAUGUCGAGAAUAAAAACAGCCCCCGCUAGCUGAGAUGGUUGGGGGCGGGGAGAGGGGAGUUUGGUUGGCCGUGUUUACCCUUUUGCAAGGUCUCUGCAUCCUGGCUGAUACCUUAAGCCUGUGUUUGUUCAUUGCACAAGGACUCAGGAUCCGCUUCUCUCCCAGAGGCAUUUAAAACAUGCCAAGCUGCUGUUGCAUCAAAAACAAGCCUGUGCGUUCAGCAAACAGCAGCUGGGGAGCAGAGCCGCCACGCUCACCCAGAGGGGAGCCUCGACCUGCUGGAACGGCAGCCAUGGACAUGGAGAAGGUCAACGCCAUGGACUUCGGAGAAUUUGUGGACGUGUUUGGGAAUGUCAUCGAGAGAUGUCCUCUGAUCGCAGCGGCUGUUUGGUCCCAGCGCCCCUUCUCUGGCUUGGAAGAUUUAGAGAAGCACUUUUUUGCCUUUAUUGAUGCUCUUCCACCGUCAGGCCAAGAGGGCAUCCUGCGCUGCCACCCGGACCUGGCGGGCCGCGAGCUGCUGCGGGGCGCGCUCACCGCCGAGUCGCUGCGGGAGCAGAGCGGCGCGGGCCUGACGAGCCUGGGCGCGGCCGAGCGGCUCCGGCUGGCGGAGCUCAACGCGCAGUACCGCGCGCGCUUCGGCUUCCCCUUCGUGCUCGCCGCGCGCCUCCGCGACCGCGAGGCCGUGCCCCGCGAGCUGGCGCGCCGCCUGCAGUGCCCGCCUGCGCAGGAGCUGCGCGCCGCCCUGGACGAGGUGAAGAAGAUCGGCCGCCUGCGCCUCGCCGACCUCCUCGCGGGCCACCCCGCCCCGCUGUAG